UCGGCGUCGCUUCGUUUCGAGCGGCUUCAUUUCGAAUUUGGAAUUUUGCGGCGACGCUCUAAUUUAUUUACUCGCUGUUCGUUAAUUGUGUUAAGUGUUUAGUUAGUUAACGUGUUAAUGGGCUACUAGGCUCGCUGCGUGCCCGUUUUUGUUUAGUGCCAGUGCUUUUUGUUUCGCGAUGAGCGCCUUUGAGAUCACAGUGACGCCAUCGCGGCUCAAACAAAAGAAGCGGGUCGAAGGACGCGAGCCCACCGUAGUGGUGAUGGCCCCCUUCUCCGCUAAGUCAAUUGUGCAGUUCGAGGAUGUGCCGGUAACCAAGACGGCCAAACGCCAGGUGCGCGUCGUCAAUCCCAGCGACGAGGACAUCGAGGUCAAGGUAAUGAAGGCCAUUAGGGAGGAGCACAACCUGGCCAUCGAGUGGCUGGAGCACACCGUGCCCGCAAGGGACGAGGUCUCCAUGGAGCUCGUGUGGAGCCCCCAAAUAGAGGUAGCCUGCAAGGAAACUCUGCAACUAAUCGACAACCGUAACUUUCGCAAGGAUGUGAUGAUUAUCCUCAAGUCCAAGAGCAACCAGCCCGUCAAGAACCCGCGCAAAUUUCCUACUGUGGGCAAGACCCUGCAGCUGAAAUCGCCGACGGGAGGUGGCAAGACAAUGAAAAGCGCGAUUACCGCUGCUGUGCAGCAAAAGAAGCGUAUGUCUACGGCGGCACCUCCUCCCUCGAAACAGCCUUGGCGAGCUACUGCAGCAGCCCGACCCACCGCCCGUCCAAAUCCUCCUGCUGCAGUUCCUCUGGCCGAAAAGAAUGUCUACAAAGCGCCGCAGGAAGAACCAGUCUACAUAUCGCCACAGCCACGCACCCUAAAAGAAAACCUGAGUCCCCUAACUCCAGGAAAUCUACUCGAUGUGAUCGAUAAUCUUAGAUUCACACCUCUCACCGAAUCGCGUGGUAAAGGACUAUCUGCCAUUUUGCCGGACAACCUGGCUGCCUGGCCCACACCGACCAUAAAAGGUAAUGCGACACAAGGUGUCAACGAAAUGCGACCCCGAAGGAUCACUGCAGAUGAUCUAGAGGAUCAGCCAAUCACUAAUAAAACCUUUGAUGUGAAACAUUCCGAGACCAUUAACAUUUCGCUGGACACUUUGGACUGCUCCAAAAGUGAGACACCAGUGCAUACGCCCUUGAACAAAACCACAACAAUUGUUCAUUCGACACAAACCAGGGCCUUGGCCUGCAUUCGCGAGGAGGAGGGUCCCAGUCCGCCGAGGACGCCUACCAAGAGCGCCAUUCACGACCUGAAAAGGGACAUAAAGCUGGUGGGCUCGCCCCUGAGAAAAUAUUCUGAGUCCAUGAAGGACUUAUCGCUGCUAUCGCCGCAAACAAAGUUCGCUAUUCAAGGCUCCAUGCCCAAUCUGAAUGAAAUGAAGAUCCGUUCGAUUGAACAGAAUCGCUACUACCAGGAGCAGCAGCUCCAGAUGAAGGGCAAGGAUUUGAAUAGCUCUUCCGGCAGCGAGGCUAGUUUGCUGGGCCACCAGGAGUUUAUGUUUAACCACAACGAAAUUCUGGCUCAGUCGAGUCGCUUUAAUCUCCACGAAGUGGGUCGCAAGUCGCUUAAAGGAAGUCCGAAAAGGAACCAAAAUCCUUACAAGCGAAGAUCCCAUGAAUUGAGUUUCUCCGAUUCACCCAGCAAUGAAUCCCUGCAUCGCAACGAAACGAUGGCUAUUUCUCCACCUAAAAAGCAACGGGUGGAGGACACUACCUUACCGAGAAGUGCCGCUCCUGCCAAUGCAUCUGCCCGAAGCAGUAGUGCUCAUGUUUGGCCGCACGCCCAAUCCAAGAAGUUUAAGCUGGCCCAAACCAUGUCGCUGAUGAAGAAGACCACCACGCCUCGAAAGGUCAGAGAUAAUGGUCUUCAGGCACCAGUGAAGCUUUACGAUUCUGAGAUGUACAUGCAGACAUACAUCAACCCGGAUCCUUUUGCGGCCACCACCACAAUGGAUCCCUUUCUGGCCUCCACCAUGUAUCUCGACGAACAGGCUGUGGAGCGCCAUCAGACGGACUUUAAGAAGUGGCUGAAUGCUCUGGUGUCCAUACCCGCCGACCUGGACGCGGAUUCGAAUAGCAAAAUAGACGUGGGCAGGCUGUUCAACGAGGUGCGCAACAAGGAGCUGGUGGUGGCUCCCACAAAGGAGGAGCAGUCCAUGAACUACCUCACUAAAUAUCGCUUGGAAACGCUGCGUAAGGCUGCCGUGGAUCUGUUUUUCAGCGAGCAGAUGCGUCUGCCGUGCUCCAAGGUGGCCGUGUAUGUCAACAAGCAGGCUUUGCGCAUCCGCAGCGACCGUAAUCUCCACCUGGAUGUAGUCAUGCAGCGCACCAUUCUAGAGCUACUGCUCUGCUUCAAUCCCCUCUGGCUGCGCCUCGGACUGGAAGUGGUCUUCGGCGAGAAGAUCCAGAUGCAGUCCAACCGAGACAUCGUGGGCCUCAGCACGUUUAUCCUCAAUCGCUUGUUCCGGAACAAGCUGGAGGAGCAGAGGUACAGCAAGGCCUACACUCUCACCGAGGAGUAUGCGGAGACCAUCAAGAAGCACUCGCUGCAGAAGAUCCUCUUCCUGCUGCUCUUCCUCGACCAGGCCAAGCAGAAGCGCAUCGUGAAGCACAAUCCCUGUCUGUUUGUCAAGAAGUCGCCGCACAAGGAGACCAAGGAUAUCCUGCUCCGCUUCUCCUCAGAGCUUUUGGCCAACAUUGGGGAUAUUACAAGGGAGUUGCGCCGUUUGGGUUAUGUGCUUCAGCACCGGCAGACUUUCCUGGAUGAAUUCGAUUACGCUUUCAACAACCUGGCUGUGGAUUUAAGAGAUGGUGUGAGGUUAACCCGCGUCAUGGAGGUCAUUCUACUGCGCGAUGAUCUUACCCGUCAGUUAAGAGUUCCAGCCAUUUCCCGCCUGCAGAGAAUCUUCAAUGUAAAGCUGGCCUUGGGAGCCCUGGGCGAGGCCAACUUCCAGCUGGGCGGCGACAUCAAUCCCUCGGAUAUCGUGGACGGGCAUCGCGAGAAGACGCUCUCGCUGCUCUGGCAGAUCAUCUACAAGUUCCGCUCGCCCAAGUUCCAUGCGGCGGCCACAGUGCUCCAGAAAUGGUGGCGACGUCGCUGGCUUUUCGUAACGAUUCAACGGCGCAUUCGCCACAAGGAGUUGAUGCGACGUCACCGGGCUGCAACUGUCAUCCAGGCCGCUUUCCGCGGCCACCAGAUGAGGAAGUAUGCCAAGAUAUUUAAGGCGGAGCGAGUUCAGGCCGCCAUUGUCCUGCAGAAGUACACUCGUCGCUAUUUGGCGCAGAAGCAGCUUUACCAGAGCUAUCACAGCAUCGUCACCAUCCAGCGCUGGUGGCGCGCUCAACAAUUGGGAAGGCAAUGCCGUCGGCAGUUCCUGGAGCUCCGACAAGCCGCCAUCUUCCUGCAGCGCAUCUGGCGUCGUCGUCUCUUCGCUAAGAAACUUUUGGCGGCAGCGGCCACAGCUCGACUUCAGAGAUCCCAGAAGCAACAGGCAGCUGCCAGUUACAUCCAAAUGCAAUGGCGAAGCUAUCAACUCGGCAAAAUACAGCGACAGAAGUUCCUUCGGCAGAAGGAGCUUAUCAUCUUUGUUCAGCGCAGAAUGCAAAGCAAGUGGAGUAUGCAGAAGCAGAGAAAGGAGUUCCAGCAGCUGAAACAGGCCACUAUUAAUGUGCAGCAGCGCUGGAGAGCUAAACUUUCGAUGAAGAAGCACAGAGCUGAUUAUUUGAAACUCCGUUCUAAUGUUAUUAAAGUCCAAGCUCACAGGAGAGCCACUAUUCAAAUGAGAAUCGAACGUAGCAACUACCAAACUCUCCGGAAAAAUGUCAUCUGCGUGCAGCAGCGCCUGAGGGCCACUUGGAAAAUGCGAGAGCAGAGGGAAAAGUAUCUGAAGCUCCGCAGUUCUACUAUUCUCAUCCAGAGACGUUACCGCAUGCUCCGAAAGAUGAUCAAGGAUCGGAAUGAUUUCUUGCGGGCCCGUCAGUGCAUCAUCAAUGUACAGGGCCGCUGGCGAGCAACCCUAGAAAUGCGUCGCCAAAGGAAAAGCUAUCUCCAGCUGCAAUCCACCGCCAGAUUUAUACAAACUAAAUAUCGUGCCAACCGUCAGAUGAAAAAGCAGCGAGAUGAGUAUCUCCAACUGAAAAAGGCCGCUUUGGUUGUUCAACAACGUCGACGAGCUCUGCUCAUGAUGAGGAAGCAGCGCCAGGAAUACUUGCAUCUUCGCGAGGUGACGAUAAAGUUGCAGCGCAGAUUCCAUGCUCACAAGACCAUGAGGUUUAUCCGAGCCAAGUACCGGGGAACCCAAGCUGCUGUCAGCUGCCUGCAAAUGCAUUGGCGUGGGCAUCUGCUCAGAAAACGGGAGCGAAGCAGAUUCCUGGAGCUGCGUAAGGCAACAAUUACAUUGCAGAGGCGUUACCGAGCUCAUUUGGCCAUGAUCAAGCAGUUGAGGAGCUACACUAAGCUUAAGCAAGCAGCUAUUGCCAUUCAAAGCCGCUUCAGAGCAAAGAAGGAGAUGCAAAAGCAGGUGGUGCUUUAUCAAAAGCAAAGGGAAGCAAUCAUCAAAGUGCAGCAGAGAUUCCGUGGCAAGUUGGAGAUGCGAAAGCAGAUGGCAGUGUACCAAAAGCAGCGCCAGGCAGUCGUCCGUCUGCAGAAAUGGUGGCGCAGUGUGCGCGAAAUGCGGACUCUUCAAGAGGGCUAUCGCAGGAUUCGGCUGAGUUCCUUGAGCAUCCAACGCAAGUGGCGGGCCACCAUACAGGCUCGACGUCAGCGUCAGAUCUUCCUCAACACAAUCCACAAGGUGCGACUCCUGCAGGCAUUCAUCAGAGCCACUCUGCAGAUGCUGCAGCAGAGGAAAGAAUUCGAAAGAAAACGGAAUGCUGCGUUGGUGCUGCAGCGACGAUUCCGUGCCCGCCAGGCAAUGCUAAUCGCUCGAAAGGAUUACCAGCUAAUCCGAACCUCUGUGAUCCUGGUGCAGCGCAGAUUCCGUGCUAAUCGCAGCAUGAAACAGGAACGCGCGAAGUUUAUCCAGCUGCGUUCGCUUGCCAUCCAUCUGCAGCAAAAGUUCCGAGGCAAGCGUUUGAUGGAGGGUAAACGUGAUAGUUUCCUGAUUCUCCGCCGCUCUACUCCCGAGUUCCAGGCCCGUGCCCGUGGCUUCAUGGCUCGCAAACGUUUCCAGGCUUUGAUGACGCCCGACAUGAUGGAUCUGAUCCGGAAGAAGCGAGCUGCCAAGGUGAUCCAGCGAUACUGGCGUGGCUAUCUAACUCGUCGUCGCCAGAGACAUCAGGGUCUGUUGGACAUCCGACGAAGAAUUGUGCAGCUGCGGGCAGAAGCAACGGCGGUAAACUCUGUGCGCUGCAAAGUCCAGGAGGCUGUGCGUUUCCUUCGAGGACGCUUUAACGCCUCAGAUGCUUUAUCUGUCCUAAGUCGAUUGGAUCGUCUUUCGCGCACUGUGCCUCACCUGCUGAUGUGGUGUUCGGAGUUCAUGUCCACGUUUUGCUAUGGAAUCAUGGCGCAGGCCAUCCGUUCGGAGGUGGACAAGCAGUUGAUCGAGCGCUGCAGCCGGAUCAUCCUAAACUUGGCGCGCUACAACAGCACCACGGUGAAUACGUUCCAGGAGGGUGGUUUGGUGACCAUUGCCCAGAUGUUGUUGCGCUGGUGCGAUAAGGACAGUGAGAUCUUCAACACCCUGUGUACAUUAAUCUGGGUAUUUUCACACUGUCCCAAGAAACGAAAGAUCAUUCAUGAUUUCAUGACCAAUCCGGAGGCCAUUUACAUGGUGCGCGAGACCAAGAAACUGGUGGCCCGCAAGGAGAAGAUGAAGCAGAACGCUCGCAAGCCUCCGCCAGUGCCAAAAGGACGUUACCAGACCCAAAAGAUGCCGGUGUUCACCUUCAGUGCUCUGCCCAGCCUUGACCCGGACUUUGGCAUCAUCCGCUACAGUCCCUACACAUUCGUCUCAUCCGUCUUCGCCUUCGAUACAAUUUUGUGCAAGCUACAGAUCGACAUAAUCUAGUUCUAGUUAAGAGUUAGCGCUAAAUGUUAAAUGUUUGAAACGUUUCUGUGUUGUGUUUUAAAGUGUAAGCAAAAAUUGUUAGACCAAGUUAGAUUUACCGAGACAAUCGAACAUAAGUUAAGUAAGUUUUAACGUGUAUAAACGAAAAUUGUAACUGCUAGUCUAGCAUAGAACUACGAGAAACCACCAACUGAUUUGCAAAAUAAAGAAGAAAAUUAAAAUUCA